UAUAGCACAAUAAUCAUUUAGUGGCCAGUCACCCAUAAAUUUGCAUCUAAUAGCUGAAGAAAUGGAUACCUCAGGUGCUCAAGAAUAUGACAGAAUGCAAGAAUUGAAGGCUUUUGAUGAAACAAAAGCUGGUGUAAAGGGAUUAAUCGAUGCUGAAUUGCAAAAACUUCCCAAGAUUUUUGUAAGACCAGCUGAAGAACUGGCUAAAGAUUUGAAUCACAAGAGGGCUCAAAUUGAAGUUCCUGUAAUCGAUCUUGGUGGCAUGGAGAAAGCCGAUCGGCGUCAACAGAUUGUAGAAGAAGUACGACUUGCAUCAGAAACAUGGGGAUUUUUCCAGGUGGUGAAUCAUGGGAUACCCUUAAACGUUCUUGAUGAAAUGAUUGAUGGAAUACAGAAAUUCAAUGAGCAGGAUGUCCAGGAGAAAAAGAAAUACUACACGCGGGAUAAUACGAGAAGGGUGAGAUUUAUCAGCAAUCAUGAUUUGUUCAGAUCUACGACUGCUAACUGGAGGGACACAUUGACUAUUUCAUUUUCAGAUCCUAAUCAAAGUGAUCCCAAGGAAAUUCCAGGUUCAUGCAGGGAGGCUGCUGUAGAGUACUCAAAACAUGUAGAAAAAUUGGGAAAUAUCCUAUUUGAAAUUUUUUCAGUGGCUCUUGGACUCGAUCCUGGGCAUCUAAGAAACAUGGACUGCUCUAAAGGACACCGCCUUCACGGUCACUAUUAUCCAGCAUGUCCUGAGCCAGAACUGACUCUGGGAAUCCCAAAGCACACAGAUGCUGGAUUCCUCACCAUUCUUCUCCAAAAUCAAAGUGGCCUGCAGAUUUUCUUCCAAAACCAAUGGGUUGACGUUCAACCCAUUCCGGGAGGGCUAGUAAUUAACAUUGGGGAUCUUCUCCAGCUCGUAUCAAAUGGAAAAUUCAGAAGCAAUAACCAUAGAGUGCUUGCUGAUCAUCUGGGGCCAAGAAUUUCUGUGGCAUGCUUUUUCUCGGGACCUUUAGGCAUGGAAAAUAUUUCUUAUGGCCCCAUUAAAGAGUUGAUAUCAGAAGAAAAUCCUCCCAUAUACAAAGAAGUACUAUUAAGUGAUUAUGUAAUGAAGUUUUUAACUAGUUCUCUUGAUGAGAAUAAUCUUCUCAAUUAUUUCAAAGCAUGAAGAUGGCAAGGGAAGAAGUACUCUUUCUCAGCUGCACUUGUGAAUGACCUGUUUCAAGAGACAAGACAGAUUGUGAAUUAUGGAAUGUAAUGUCAUUUAUCUUCGUUAGAGAUAAUCAUCAUGUUAUCAUGUCACAUGCUACAUAGACAAAUGAUCAUCUCUGAUGAGAUAAAUAUAUAUGUAAGAAUUUCGGGUUUAAUAAAUGCAUGAUAUUGGACAUAUUUUUGUAAAAUGCGAAAAAUAAGCAUGUAAUGUAGGGAAUAAAAUGAUUCA